AUGGGGAAGAAGAGAGAAAAGAAGAAUAAAGCCAAAGAAUCUAGCAAGGUCCAGGAUCAAAAAAUGGCUAAUGCAUUCCAACAUGAGAUUGCCCUCCAAGUUCAGGAGGGCAAUGAGGAACCCUUUGAAGAACCUUCAUCAGUUUUGGAAGACGGAAAGAAAGUUUCAAAGGAAAUGAAGCGAAGCAACUACAAGGCCUUGCUCGAGUUCAGGUGCCGAGUCGAAGACUCGAUUCUAUCGAAUUAUCUCUUGGGGAAACCUAGCAGCGAAGAAGAAAGCACAGAGGCCAUUCAACAACUGAAAGAGAUCAAACUUUGGGGUGUACCUUUAUUGCCCAGCAAACAACAUGAAGGAACCAAUAUCGUGUUGUUGAAAUUCUUGAAAGCCAAAGAUUACAGGGUUCACGAGGCUUUCGAAAUGCUGCAGAAGACGUUGAAAUGGAGGAAGGAAUUCAAUGCCGACGAAAUCCUCGAUGAAAACCUGGGUCUCGAUUUCGACAGCGUGGCUUAUCUAAAAAGCAGAGACAAGGAAGGUCACCCUCUGUAUUACAACAUCUAUGGUGCCUUGAAAGACAAGCAAGUCCAAUGUAAAAUACUUGGUUCAGAAGAGAAGCACCAAAAGUAUUUAAGAUGGAGGGUUCAAUACAUGGAGAAGGCUAUCCGGGAACUCGAGUUUGAAGCCGGUGGAACAAACUCCAUUGUUCAGAUCAUAGAUUUGAAGCAGUCAUCAGCGCCAAGUACGAAGGAGUUUCGUUCCAUUUGUCGAAAAUCUUGGAAGUUGUUACAAAACAACUAUCCUCAGCUCAUCCAUCAAAACAUAAUCAUAAAUGUUCCCUUGUGGUUUUAUAUAUCCCAUGUGUUUUCUUCACGGCUGAAAGCUCAAAGAAAGAAUAGCAGGGUUGUCAUUGCCAGACCGGGUAAAGUUACCAGCACUCUUCUCAAAUUUAUACCUGCAGAAAACCUUCCGGUUGAGUACGGAGGUCUCCGAAGAGAGGACGACGACGACGAGUUUUCCUCAAAGGACAAGGCUUUAGUGGUUAAGGCCAAAGCAAAUUCAACUGAGCUCAUCCAAAUUCCAACUCCCGAGGUUGGAGUGACGAUGGUAUGGGAUUUGACUGUGGUCGGAUCGUGGGACGUAUCGUACAAGGAAGAGUUCAUCCCGGACGACGAAGGGUCGUACAGAGUGUUGAUACAAAACGAGAACCAUACGAAGAAAGGAGGGAGUGUUAGGAACUCGUUUUAUAUUAGUGAACCAGGGAAGAUUGUUAUUUCCAUUGGUAACUUGUUGCUCAAGAAGAAGAAGGUUCUUUAUAGGUAUAAAGCAAAACCCACUGUUCCCAUGUACGUGAGGAUUAAGAAAUAG